UUGAUGUAUUUUUCGAUUAAUUGUGGGUUGUAUUUGUAAUCUUCUCUAGUUCUUGCUAAGUCUAAUGCUUCGCGCUUUAUAGAGCAGCCUUUCCAGCGGUUUUGCCCUUUUUCGCAUUUGAAGUUGCCGGCAAUCCUUUCUCCGGUAAUAUGGUUGGACGAGUUUCUUUCUGCAGCCAGAGCCCGGAAUCAGCCUCAGUGCGUAGCAUUUUAUUUAUAAAUUAGAAAAAUAAAAAUAAAAAUCAACGCCAUAGUCGAUUUAUUUCGGACCAAAGACCGCCGACGCCGACUCACGGUUUCUUUCUAGACGUCUUGCAGCUCCAGCCUCACUGCCGCAGCAUUUGAGUACUGAGGUCCAAUGCUCCAGCAUUUUUCUCUCUAUCUCUCUCCCUGCUGACUUGCUCGAAUUGUUUUAUUGGUGAUUUUUUAGUGGUGAAGAAGAUGCGGAGAAAAAUUCUUUAUGGAAGAUAUAUUUGGAAUCGAGUCCCCUCUUUAAACCGACCCUUUUGCAGCACUCCACACAAAAAUUUCAAUAAUAAACCGGCCACCGUUUCUAGCAAUGGCAAUGAGUCUUCUUCUUCUUCAUCAACGAGUCAGUAUAGUGAGCAAUACAAAGCUCUUAAUAAUCUGGAUUUCAUGACUGCGGCCAAAAUCCUCUUCACUGAUCAGCCCAAGAAGAAGAAAUUUGGAUUAGAUUUCCACCUGGUACAGCUCUUCUUUGUCUGCUUGCCUUCAUUGGCUGUAUAUCUUGUGGCUCAGUAUGCUCGCAGUGAAAUGAAAAAAAUGGAUGCGGAACUCGAGUUGAAGAAACAAGCUGAAUUUGAAGCGCAAGCAAAAGAGAUGGAAUUAAAGAAAGCCGAAGAAGGAGCAGCUGAUCCAGUGCUUAGGGAGGUAAGAGAGAGACUGAACAAGCUGGAAGAAAAAGUAAAAGAUAUUGUCAUUGAAUCUAAGAAACAAUUAGAUGAUGCACAAAUCGAAGCAAGUAAAAUUCAACGUGGAUUAGAAGCGGACAAGAGUUCCGAAGUAACCACUAGAACCUCGACUGAAGGGAAGACGAGUGAGCCUGUGCCAAGUACUCCUAGUCCUGGCUCCCAGCAUAAGUCCCAUGGUUAGAAUAAAUGAAAAGUAGUCUUCCGUUUAUCACACGGUGGUUUUUGAGGUUGCAGGCUCAUAUUAUAAAAGAUUCAGUUGAUGCAAACGGGCUAAAACCCAUGCCUACCAUAGAUGACAAGUCACCAUUGUUCAACAGAUGCAUGCGGGCUUUGUCGACUGCUGUCAUAUGAAGAUUAACUUUGGAUUUGGUUCGCUUUGAGACGUAAGGAUUUACUGUUGCCCAUAAUACAAACAUGGAUUUUUGACAUUUUCAACGAACAUAAUGGUUGUUUCCUGUUUUAUGUUUUGCUAAUGCUAAUGUAACAAAUGGAAAUAUCAUCUCAGUUCUUCAUUUA